CGUGAUGAUUAUUGGAUCGUUCUACACCAGCGAUCGGUAUAAAUCGUUUAUGGCUGAUUUCAGUCAAGUAGCCGACAGUCUGAGACGAUAUGGAGCUCGACUUGACCUAGGCAAGGUAUGGUGCCUUCACAACUGGAAUCUGGGGAUAGCAACUUUUAUAGUGACCAAUUUCAUUAUCAUCGACUUCAUCAAAAAACAUUUUUGGAAAGCCAUGAUUUCUAUUUGCUGUGAUAUAUCGCCAACUAUCCUGACAAUAUUAUUUCUAAGUCAGUACUUCGGAGGACUCACUCUCAUUUCGGAGGCAUUGAGAUGCACAAAUUGUUUACUAAGAACUACUCAUCGAGGGACCAACGUUUGCACAAAACAGUUGGAAUGUUUACUGCACACCCAGAGGAUCACAGCCGAAAUUGCCUCGGAAGUACUGAAGUCCUUCGGAUUCGUCCUUUUUGUAGAGCUUUUCAGUAUUAUUACUGCUUCUAUUACUGGUUUGUACGAAUCCUAUCUGGUUUAUGAAGGAGGCUCAGAUAGUAUGAAAAGCCAGUCGAUGCACUUGACUCUUCAAGCCGUUUGGAUUGCAUUGCAUCUUUACAAAUCGGUUGUGAUCUUGUAUACCCAAAGUUUACUUAAAAACGAGAUAAAGCAAAUGGAGCUUAUUUUAUGCCAAUACUCAUCAAAGGAAACCUUCAUACUGAUGGAAAAAUUUUCCGAUCAACUGCUUCUUCAGGAGAAUAUGUUCAAAGCCUGGAGGAUAAUUGAGCUGGACCUCUCGUUUUAUGCUGUGCUUGGUGGACUUACAGCGACCUAUGUCAUUGUGCUGAUACAGUUGAACUGACGUAGAAAACCAAUGCCGAAUCCGUUUAAGGUGAAGAAUCAAUGAAAUAUUUCACG